AUGGCACCAAAGAAAAUCCUCAUCAGCGGCGCAGGCAUCACCGGCAAUUCCCUCGCCUUUUGGCUCUCAAAGCUAGGUCACAACGUCACAAUCGUCGAGCGUUUUCCUUCCCUUCGAGCUUCGGGGCUCCAGAUUGAUCUUCGCAGCCACGGAAUUGAAGUCAUGAAGCGCAUGGGUCUCGAAGAUGCCUUCAAGGCACAUUCAAUUCCAGAGCGGGGCAUGGAAGUGGUCAACAAAGCGGGCAAACGGCAGGCUUUCUUUCCAGCAAACGAUUCUAUAAAUCCCAGUCUAGGCUUUAGUACCAAGUACGAAAUCAUGAGAGGCGAUCUGUGUCGAAUCAUCUAUGAUCUGAGCAAAAGCCGGGCCAAGUAUAUCUUCGGCACGUCAAUUGAGAGCUACGAGGAUAACGACAAGGAAAAGACCAUCAACGUGCGAUUUGCAAAUGCCACCGAGGACACAUUCGACCUCGUGAUUGGCGCCGAUGGCCAAGGGUCACGCACACGAAAGAUGAUGCUCGGAAGGGAAGCCCCCGAUGCAUUCCGUCCCCUCAACGGUCGCUACAUCGGAUAUUUCACCUUUCCUCAACCAAUCAAAGAGGGGGAAGGGUAUGUCGCUACCAUGUACUCGGCACCGGGCGGACGAGGUAUCAUGCUUCGAAGACACAAUGCGCAAGAGAUUCAAGCAUACCUCGGCGGCCAAACGAAUUCAGAGCAGCUCAAGGAACAUUUGCGGGGUGAUGUUGCGGAGCAAAAGGAGGCGUUGAAGGAGAUGAUUCAAGGGGCGGGGUGGAGAGCGGACGAGAUCUUGGGAUAUCUUAAAGACUCUAAAAACUUCUACUGUGAGCGUCUUGGUAUGGUCAAGAUGCCUCAUUGGUCUCGCGGUCGUGUCGCGCUCGUCGGGGACGCUGCUUAUUGUCCAUCAGUCAUGACAGGCAUGGGUACCACUUCUGGGAUUGUUGGGGCCUAUGUCUUGGCUGGGGAGAUUGGUCGGCACUGUGGUGAACCUGCUGAGAAGGGUAAUGGUUCUCUUAUGGCUGCGAUUCAGGCAUAUGAACAGACAUUCCGCCCUUUUGUCAACCAGGUGCAGGCAGGUGUUGCCGAGGAUGAGGGGCUUUGGGAUAAGAUUUCAGGCACCGCUUUUGGCAUUGCACUUGGAAACUAUCUUAUGGGAGCUUCUUCCCUUUUGAGAUUGGAUGUUCUCAGCAAGGUCUCUACGGAUCCUGUCAAAAACUGGAAACUUCCGACAUACAAAGAGUUGCUCCGAGAUUAG